CUUGAUUAGCCAAUGGCAUUGCCGUUACAGAAAUAGAUCGAAGCAUGCGCCAUGACACUUGCCCUUGCAGCUGGGCGGGGGGUUCGAUUUGGAGGGAGGCUGAAAAAUGUCUACGUCUGCAUCCUUUUGAGAGGCAUUUUUUCUGCAGGAAAACUCUGAAUAUUCAAAUUCAUGGGAAAACAUUCAAAGCACAGGCAACUGAAGACUUUGAAGAAGCUACCAUCUGAUUCUGACCCUUGCAAGCAGAGGAAAGCAAUCCUCAAGGUGUUUCGGAAACACCAAGACACCUUAGCUUGUACUUCUAUCUCCAACACAAGAAAGGACUCAGACACACGUCACAGAAAAAAGAGGAGAGGAGAAGUAAAAAGUACUGACACUUCUGUAGGCACAGUGGAAGCUAACAAGAUGGAUACAAGAACCGCUCAAAGGACUCGUCACAGAAGGACCAGAGGCAGAAGCAAGAGUGCCGACCACAGCCAAAGGAAGGUUGACCGUCAAGAAAAGGCUGAAUUCAAGAGGAGAACCAGAGCUUUAAACGAUGCUACAGAAAGAGCUAAGAUGGAGAGAUCAGCAUUGAAGGAUGUCAACCAAGGCAACAAUGUGGCACUCAUCACACGGAGUAGGUUAACUCAGAAGAUCGGUAUCUUCAACAAAGGCAAGAGGUCUGAAGCCAUCCACCGUGAGGGGAUUCACAUCUCUAAGGAGACCCAUGCCAAAGCUGAAGAAGACAUGAGGAAGAUUUUGGAUUUGUCAGAUGCAGAGCUAAGUAAACCUGUUAGGCUACAAGAUCUGGAGUACAGUCCUGCACAGAACAGGUAUCAGAACAUGCCACAAAGUCCAGGUCCAUCUCUCAACCCUCUCUACACUCCUGUUAUCAACCAGGUGAAAACAUCCACCCCAGCAUCUGUAGUAAUGUCUUCAGCAAUGGACAUUGAGCCCAUCACCCCAGCCAGCACUUCAAAAGAACCCAUCAUGCUUCCAGAAAAACCAUCCUUCUCCAAGAUUUCAGCCAACUUACUGUCGUCACUGCAGCCUGAAAAGAUUUUCAUUGGUAGAAGGUACUUCAAUGAGAUCCAACAGGAACUUUGUCAACUAAUGAGAAAGCAGCAUAGCUUCCUAGUGCAUGCAGAAAAGGGAAAGAUCAAAACUCCAGAUUCUGCAAAAGUGACGGCUAAGCACCAAACAUCUGAGGAAAGGCCAGAGGUUUCUAGUAGUGCUGUCUCACAGCUUUUUGCUGUAAAACAACAUGUAUCUUAUGAGUCACAGAAAAAUGUCCCAACUGAAAAUGGUCAGGAGGAAGCUCCUAUGGAAGUUGAUGGUAUGCAGCCUGCCAAUCAGAAGUCUCGUUAUAUCAACCACAGACAAGAAGAAGACAAGUUCUGCUUAGCCAACCAACACAUCCAGAUCCCUGUACACCCAGCCCAGCAGCCCUCAGCACCAGCUAGUCCAGUUUUCUUCCCUUCUUGGCACACCUAUGCUGACCUCCAUCCUCAGGCCCCCCACCCGCAGCUGUGUGUGGAGCCAGGCUAUGUGGAGCAGGGUUACCGCAGUAUGGACAUUAUAGACUACCUCGACUACCAGCUGCCCAAUGGAAACACCUUACUCAACUACCAACAAGACAGCAGGGCACAGGGUAGUCUAGUACAUCAAGGGUUUAGGUCGGAGUACAAAGGUCAAGAGGUAAGGUCAGACUCACCACCAUGGCUGCAGCAUCAGCACCGGUUGCCAUGGAAACCUGUAGAGGACACGCCCAGCCCACGCCUCUAUCCCAUGAAGCUCUACUAACAUGGUUCUGAUAUUUUCUGUAAAUCUUUAUGUCACAACACCAAGUGACAUCUUUCUAAGAGCAUAUGACAUCAUCUACCUCAGUAGAGAGGUUUAGACAAGAGUCACUGUGAAGUUGAUGUGGGCUGUGGUACAAGGUUUUGGGCUCCAUCUUACUAGAUCCACAAAGUUGUCGGGUCAUAGUAUGUGAUCUUGUUUUCAUAGACAUAAAAUGCUCAGAGUUUGAUAUGUGCAAUACCUGGAGCUGCACAUACCUGUAGUUUGCCUAUUAUUUGUAUUAGAAGAACCAGCCAUCACAGACAUUCAGAGCUUUACUGGUAUUUGGAUUUGGGUUUCAGAUUUUUCUUGGCUGUUCUGAAAGGUACAUGUACAUGUACAUGUAUCAAGGCAGCUGUCUGAAACACAGUUUUCUAAUGGUUUAUCCCAGGUCCUAUUCAACUAUUUAUGUUUUACUCAACCUUUUGCAAGAACAAGUGUUACCUGCUGGGCAGGGUAACAUUCAUGACUUUAACUUAUUGACUUAAAUAUUAACUUAUCCAGUGCAGAAAUGGAAAACACUGAUAUUAGCAGAGGUUAUACUUGGUGUUCAUCAAUACGAUUGACAGUAUUGUUAUACAGUAAUACCAUUGUGCCAUAUUCAGGAACUGUAUGAAAUAUGGCUGUAACUUUUAUUGCUGACAGUGUAUUUAUUUGAAGGAUUCAUUUCCACAAAAAGGCUUAGAUUGGAUCAUCUGUCAUUCCAAUAACUACCUCUUAAGACGGAGUGUCUUUCUGUGAAAAGAACUAUAGCUGGUUAUGAGUUCAUGCCAGUGUAUGUCACAGAAACAGUAAAACCCCAGGUUUGUGUGUUACUAGUACUCAUCACAAAGUACUUAAUACUGUGAAUACAUAAUUAAAUCAAGUUGUUCUGACCACUGA